AAAUCUAUGACCGUCUAAUGUCGUUCUAGGCUCUCAGGGGAUCAUCGAAGCUGGGAUGACCCCCAAUACUUAAAAUAUCUAGGUAACAUCAGGGUCCUUCAGGGACUCCACCCCGUCCACUCAAAUCCACCUUCACAUGCCCUGUUUCGAUAUGUGAAGCAGACGACGUCUCAAUUCAUCAUGUGGGAAAGCCCUGCAUAGGAUGGCUAUGGUGCAGCAUACGUCUCAAUGUAUGAAUGCGCAAUGACACUAGUAAUACAUAAUAUAGAAGACUAAGUAAUAUCAGCCCAACAUGUCUGUAACUAUCGCUCCCGUCAAAUGCGACGAUAAGAGAGACGAACAGCAACAUAAGUCGGCUUGGUUUCAAUUCAUCAAGUCUGUCGCAACUUUCAAAGGAGACCUUGCCUCGUUAACUGCGCCGCCCUUCUUACUCGCACCUCAAUCCAUUGUUGAAUAUAGCACAUACUGGGCUGAGCAUCCGAGUCUCCUCGUAUCGCCUGCGAGAGAACAAUGUGCGCAAAAGCGAGCUUUACGAGUUCUCCAGUGGUUCUUGAGCACCCUUAGACACCAACACGCGAGCAAAGAUGAAAAUGGCAAGAGGAAGAGGAUGAAGCCUCUAAAUCCAUUUUUAGGGGAGAUUUUCUUGGGGAAAUGGCUGGACGACGCCGGAACGACGCAUUUAGUGACCGAGCAAGUCUCUCAUCAUCCUCCGGCGACAGCCUUUAAGAUAUGGAACGACACGCAUGGAGUCAAGCUCGAGGGCCACGUCGCCCCAAAAGCCUACUUUUCAUCCACCAUAAAUAUAGAAAGAAAGGGAUACAGCGUGUUACAUAUCGAUAGGUACGAUGAAGACUACUGGAUUACGAUGCCAAAAGUUCAUGUCGAAGGCAUCGUAACAUUGCAGAUUGCCCCUGAGCUUAACGGAGUCUCGUAUAUCCGCGGCUCCUCGGGCUACACGUCGCGUAUCAACUAUUCAAGUAAAGGUUGGAUAAAGGGGAAGAGCAACACAUUCACGGCCAGUAUAUACCGAGACAAUGACGAAAGCAACCCCAUAUACGUCCUAGAAGGUCGUUGGUGCGACUCAUAUACAAUUAAGAAUGGCGAGGGGAAGUUGGUCGAUACGGUCAACCUCACUUCGUUGCAGAGGACGCCGCUUCAGGUUGCGCCAGUCGAGUCGCAACAUCCCCUUGAAUCGAGGCGAGCGUGGAAGCACGUCGUCAAUGCUAUCCACGCGAACGACAUCUUCGCCGUAGGGCACGAGAAGAGCAAAAUCGAAAAUGCGCAGCGCGUGCUACGUAGACAGGAGAAAGACGCGGGCGAAACGUGGAAGAGACGAUACUUUACACAGGUGAAGGAGGAUCCCGUAGCCGAAAAGCUGUCGAUCAAGGGUAAUGCCGCGUCUGGGGAUGAGCACGAUACAAUGAUAUGGAAAUUCGACGAUGAAAAGUACAAGAGGAUCUUAGAUGAUCAGCGGAAUGGAAUCAAGAGCCCCACCCAUUCUCGUUUUGACUCGGGGGUCGGGUUUCUGGAGUCGGAAACGUAAGAGUACCUGAUGCGUACGGCAGCUUCAGGCGCCUUUACUCAAGGUGAAGACCGAACUAGUAUAAGGGGAAAUGAGAUUUAGCGGUACCAUUUUCGACCGGCUUAGAGAAUGGGCAGAACGGUAACAUAAUCG